AUGGAAGGAAACAAAGAAGAAGAACAACAACAAGAAAUAUGGAGCUGGGGUGCAGGUACGGAUGGACAAUUAGGAACUGGAAAGCUCCAAGAUGAACACACCCCUCAACUCCUCCACUCUCUUUCCUCUUUUGGACCCAUCUCUUUCCUCUCAUGUGGCGGCGCCCACGUCAUAGCCCUUACCCCUGGUGGAAGAGUGCUCUCAUGGGGGAGGGGGGCUUCUGGUCAGUUGGGUCACGGGGAGAUGGUCAAUGGUUUGCAGCCUAAGGUAGUGCAGGCUUUGGAAGGCUUUGCCAUCACUCAUGUUUCAGCUGGGUGGAAUCACUCUGGAUUUGUUUCAGAGACUGGUUGCCUGUUUACCUGUGGAGAUGGCUCAUUUGGUCAGCUUGGACAUGGUGAUUGUGACUCCAGAUGUUCUCCGGAAAAGGUGGCCUACUUUGAUUCCUACAAAGUUGAGCAAAUUGCUUGUGGGAUGCGCCAUUCACUGGUGCUUGUAAAGGGAGGUCAAGUAUAUGGAUUUGGUUCUGGAAAGCGUGGUCAGCUUGGAAUAUCUGUUGAUAGAGUCAGGUCAUUAAGUCUCCCUCAGGCUACCAUAGGAUUAGAUAACAUCAAGAUCAUGAGUGUUUAUGCGAACGGAGAUCACAGUGCUGCUUUAUGUGCUGCAGGAGAGGUUCACGUGUGGGGAAGAGGAUUUAGUGGUUCAAAUGAUGUUUACAUCCCGCAGCUUGUUACGCCACACUAUUUCAGACAAGCUGCUCUAGGAUGGAAUCAUAUUCUAUUGUUAGCAGCUGAUGGGGAGGUGUUCAUGCUUGGAGGUUAUGGCCAUGGAAUUCUUAACGGUGCUCAAAUGGCAGCACAGAUGGAACAAAUGUGUGAAAAACCAGACGAAGGUGGCCUGCAAAAAUUUCAUGGUUUAACUGGAAAGAAGAUUCUGCAAAUUGCUGCUGGGGCUGAACAUUCUGCUCUGAUAAUUGAUGACGGAUCAGUCAUGACAUGGGGUUGGGGUGAACAUGGUCAGCUGGGAUUGGGAGAUACAACAAAUCAAACAGGCCCUCAUGCUGUCUGUUUCAACAGAACGUUCAACCCGCAGCAUCUUGUUCCUAGGGUGUUCUGUGGUAGUGGAUUUACUUAUGUAGUAGGGAUGCCCGCAGAUUCGAAGACCUGA